AGGAGGAGGAGAAUAAAUAAGCAAAGGAAUAAAUAUUUUUCAUCAUCAGUAGUUGAACGGUUUCAAUUCAUCCGGCGGCGCAUUGCCUCCUCUCAAAUUUUGCUUAUAUACCUACUAGAGAAGUCAAGGUAGAGAAGUGAUAUUCUGCCUGAGCGUGCCCAGAAGCUUUCAGAUAUAGUGUUUAUUACCUUCAGCUGAUUUCUUGAUAUAGUAUCUAUCGCAAACACCAAGUAAAUUAGCCGCUUUAUAUCAAGACAUUUCACACAACACACAAAAACAAAAAUCGCUUGAUUAUUUUACUGCGCAUAAAUUCAUCAUCUUACUACAUAGUCACAUUACCUGAGAAUGCUAUGAUGAUGCUAAUGAUAUCUGAAAUCCAAGAGUGAAGUGAAACUUACCGAAGAAUUUUUAUAGUUGCACCCUUGGUCUCCAGCGUACGGUUGGCUGGUGGUUGGAGACGAAGUUUUGGAAAUUGAAGGACACUUGGGAAGUGAACUAACAGAGUUAGAAGCGCAUUCACUUAUUGAACUUAAAAGUAACUAUCUUCGUUUAGGAAUUCGACGCCAACCAAUGUUUAGCAAUCAGUAUAUGGGAACGAGGUCAGUCUCUAGGAAUCUUUCCAGAGCAGCAAGUACAACAGUUUAUAAUCAAGCUGGACCAUAUUCACGUCUUAACACGCAAGCACCACAACAAAAGCCAGUAAAUGCAAGGGACAACAACGAGGAUGAACCAGAGGAGGUUGACUACAGUUUUAUGAAUCUACCAGUUCGAGAAAGACGGAAACUGUUUCUUGGUGGAGGACAAACAUCAUCUGUCCAAAGAGGAUAUCAUCAUUCAUUUACAAUGCCAAGGAAAAGAAGUGAAGUCAACAGUUAUCAUAACCGCUUUGAAACACAAUCAGAAUACGGUGGAACUGAUCACAGCACCUAUGGCUGGGAUAUUCCUGUUACACCGACAUGGGUUAAAGACUACAGCAGCACUACGAGUUCUUAUCAGCCGGCAAAGUCAAGAUCAACUAAAACAUUCAGUUUGGCGUCGACACCUGCUGAAAGGCCUGUUCAACAACAAUUCACUCAGUAUGUUGCUGCCCCACCAUCACCGCGUUACAACCAAACUUCAUCUCCUUCAAGUUACUUCAACACUGUUCAGCCUAAAUCAAACUAUGGGAAUAAUUAUCCACAAUACUCUGCAACAAUACACGUUCAUGAACCACACUCAUCUGGAAGAAAUAAUUCACCUAUUCGAGUGUAUAAUGGCAAUUCAACACGUGUUUAUUCAUCGAAACAAUACAGCACACGUGUAUCACCGGCUAGAACAAUUACACCGACUACAACCUAUCAGUCGUAUAGUCAACCAAAUUCUGUAUCACGUGGUUCUGGGAGAAUUGUACAACCUUUACGUAUAAAUGUAUACAACAGCGAAAAUGCAUCUACGGUUUUCAGUCCACAUAGAAAGACAGAAAAUACGCCUACCUGGAAUCCCAGCUCACCUAUUUACCCAGCUUACCCAGCUCAUAUGGAUAAAUCGAAUUACACUGAUUUUCAGCCUUUACGCUAUAGACGAGAACAGUCUGUUCGACCGAUGACCAUAUAUACUACAAACACUCCAGUUAACAAUAACACAAUUGAAACUAGACAAGUAUGGAAAUCUGUAACAGCUCAGAAUGUACCAGAAACAAAUAGAACUGUACGCAGUGGAACAUUUAUAACGACAACGAAGAAACUGCCUGGUGGUCGACGUCCAGAUUUCAACAGUGAACAACCAGGUGUAUCAGAAUUCUAAAUGAUCAAUGCCCAUAUCUAUUCCCCUGUAACACACAGUUAAACUUAGAAAGACUAAAUAGUACGAAAUAUGAUUCAUAAAGCAUAUUUUAUCACCUAUAGUCUAUGAUGUUAGCAAAUACAUAUUGAAGAAGAAACACACUAAGCAAAAACUUUCUUUCAGCCUAACAAUUUCAAGCAAUUCAUGUGAGAAACAAGUCUUCAGCGGUCACUUUGAAAUCACCCCUUCUUUUCUACUGCCCAAGAUGUUAAUCAAAUAAAAGAGAAUCUGUUCGUAAUAUUUAUUUCGAUGAAGUUUUCGUUUUUAUUUAGAAAAAAAAAUGAUGGAUUAAACCCAAACUACGUUAGACUUAUUGAAGUAAAGUUCUCUCUUUUAUAUUUUGCUCACCAAAGACUUUCUUUUUGGGUUUCUACUGUUUUGUUUUUCUGUUUUUUUAAAAAACUUUCUUCUCUGGGGUACUUAGAAGCUGAAGAACAAAAUCAUUAUGUCUUCAGUCUGUCUUUUGCACUUCACUUUUGUUUUGCACAACUCUUGCUUUGAAGUGCGCGUUGUUAUUUUAGUUUGAAUGAUAACUUUGUUUUGAUGAAUUACUUAACUGUUAAUUCUGAUGUCUUAAUCAUUCUAAUUACUGUUGCCAUGAUAACAGCAGUUGUUAAGUGAUGACUAAUGUAGCCCUUUCCUUACUAGCUUUCUCCUAUCUAAUCUAGUCAUACGAAUUUACGAUAUUUGUGACUUCAAAAUCCUACAAGUACUAUGUAUUUUUUUCUUCUAAGAUAAGCAUUUUUAUUCCUUUAUUAAAGUAUCCUUUGAAUUAGCUUGUUGAUCAGCAGAACUACACACACCCACAUACAAAUACAUAUAAAAUUUGAGUACACAGUUUUGAACAGCAACAAUAAUUACAAUAAUCUAAGUUGAAUCCCUCUUUUGAUUUCACCAUAAAGAAAUAAAAAAUAAUUUCCUCUGCUG